CGUGACCAUCACUUUGCAAUGUUCAAGAGAUCAUUGGUAUUGCAAUACUGUAUUCUAUUGCUAUGAUCAUUCGUGUCAAGGAUCAGACCAGAUGGACUAGUUAUUGUUGGACGACAAUUAACGCAGUUUACAUUGUUGCCGUAGAACAAGUCCAAUACGCGACUUGCACCGUUGUUUCGUAUAGGCGAGUAAGUAUCACCAGUUCAUUUUCAAGAUAUUAUUGGCACAGUCCGUAUACUAUGCAAACGGACUUACUGCAGUACUUUACCGGCGUUCUGGUCGCGUGUACAGCUUGGACCGUGGCCGACGGCCAACGACACAAUUCCAGCACGUUAUGGGUAGGAAGGUUGUUGAUCGACACCCUGUUCGACUUGACGCCCAGCGGCCAAUCGGAUCAGUGCACAAAAGACUUGCAGACAUACAGAGAAAACGUGGCCAACCUGACGCUUUGGGCAGUGAAGAUGUUGGACGCAUCGUCCAAAGGACCAUCAGGGCUUCUGUCCGGCGACAAUUAUCAGUUGGGUCACUAUGACCAGUGCUUGUCCGUAUCCGUGCCGGACAUUCGUAUAUCGGGUCAAUACACUAUUGUAAAAAUCAACUUUGUCCCGACCAAGUACACCAACUACAGGCCGCUGGGAAUAGUAGAUUACCGGGAACCGAGUCCCAAGACAAAAGUAUGGGCUGGUACCAAACCAUCGUCCGAUCCAAGUAAGACGCCAAGAGACGAGUUUCAUUGGGCCGUAUGUCAUCCUGAUUCGUGCUCACCCGAACGGUUAAAGUCUAUUUUGACAGAACAACUGAAGCAAGUGUCAGGUCUAAACAUAUCCGUCGACGUGGACCCACUGAUGUCGUCCAAGCGGGGAGAUGCCGAACCGAUGGGCGUGUAUCAUUACAUUUUUUUCUCUGCGAUAGGUCUAAAUUUGGCAAUGGUCGCCAUUGGAACUUGGUACGACGUGGCCGUGUUGGGUAAUGACGAAACGCACAAAAGAGGGAUGUUGAAAAACUUGCUGAAACCGUUUUCGGUGACGGCAAACGCGAAACGGCUGUUGAAGAAGAACAGCGAUCCCGAAUUGUCUAUCAUCAACGGGCUCAAAGUGAUUUCCGUGUGCCACGUAAUACUUGGACACAGAAUGCUAGUUUUGCUGGCCAACGCCAUCUCCAAUCCAGAGUUCAACGUAAAAGCUGUCAAGACGGUAUGGUACAGUUAUUUCGAUUCACCGUUGAUCGUUGAGACUUUUUUCGUUAUCAGUGGCUUUCUCACUUACCACGUGGUCAUCAAGGAGAUUGAGAGGACGAAAUCUUUUAGUCUGGUGAUUAUGCUGUUCUACAGAUGGUUAAGGAUAUUUCCCGUUUACGCAAGUUUGAUAGCCGUUUAUGUGUUUGCUUUGCCGUACAUUGGCGACGGUCCGCUGUGGAAGUCCAUUGUUUACAAAGAAUCAGAACGAUGCAAAAUCAGCUGGUGGUCCAAUUUGAUAUUCUUGAAUAAUUAUCUGAGCACCGAUAAUUUUUGUAUCAUACCAUCGUGGUAUUUGGCAUGCGAUAUGCACUUUUUCCUGCUGGGCUCGUUGCUGACGUAUGCGGCGUGGAAAAACAGAAAAGCGGGUGUUGGGCUGAUGUUGACAGCCUUGGCCGUGUCCAUGUUCGUGCCGUCCAAAAUUAUAUAUGACAACAAAUACUGGGGAUCGCAACCAGUUUAUAUUAAGUAUUUUCAUAAAUUUAUAUUUAUUCCAAAGUUUCCCCCAAUGGUAGCGCCUUGUAUAGCCAACCCACCGACUCACAUUAUGAUUGGUUUGUCGUUUAUCAGCGCAAUACGUGACGUGAACAGCGAGCCCAACUUCAAAGGUAUGUACGUUAAAAGUCACACCAGGGCCACCACGUACUUGGUCGGACUCCUCAUGGCAGUUCUCUACGAAAAACUCAAACGGAUCGAAUACCAGUUUUCCAAGCAACAACUCUUCCUGAGCGUUAUAUUUUGCAUCGUUAUGGGCAAUGCUGCGUUUUUGAGUACUUAUAUUUUGUAUACACCGGGAAAGCCGUACGACCCGUGGGUACACAUGAUAUUUUUCACGGCCACGCGGACUACAUGGGCUUUGAUCAUUAGCCUCGCGAUCAUCGCUCACGGUACUACCGGGCUAAAUUUCAUCAGUGAUUUCUUGGGUCACGAACUCUUCAAUUGUUUGGGAAAAUUGACGUACUGUGUUUACAUGUAUCAAGAACUGAUUCAAUUCAUAACCGUUGGCAGCAUGCGAUCGCCCGGAUAUGCCAGCCAUACACUACUGAUUUGGAUGACUUGUGGAGAUAUAACGUCCACCUAUAUAAUCGCCGUUAUAGUCAACUUCAUGAUAGAAUCACCGUGCGACAAAAUUCAAAAGAAUUUAAUGAAGUUAUUAAUCAAAGGUAAAAAAAAUGAUAUCGUCGAAGAAACCAGAAUGAAAGAAAUUAAAAGUAAUAAAGAAUAAUUAUUUCCACUCCUGACGACGACAUACGAACUCGUCGAGAUGGUCCCUGCCUGUAAAGUCUGUUGGAUAGUAGCUGUUUUGGCGUUGUUAACAAUCCAGAUGUUCAGCGCAACGCCCAUAAAUCCGUUUAAUUGUCCAUCAUGCGGAUGCAAUAGAUUUUCUCAGAAAGAAAAAUUCUACAGUCUACUCAAACCAUCGUGUCCCUGCACAAGUUAUCCGAGCUUUCAAAAUCCUUUUUACACACGUGCCGCCGAGCAACCUGUCUGCAGUGGGUUUUCCUAUAAUCUCCAACUACCACUUCCGGUUUCAUCAGUAACGAAAAGUUCUUAUCCGUAUGAAGUCGACACUCCCGUGGCACCGUGUCCACCUUCGUAUCGCGAUUUCGAUUAUCAACUCCAAGUACCGGUGGCUGCUAAACCUGUUUACAAAUUCGGACCUCUUGAUGCAAUCAUCGACAGAACCUACAACAAGUGUCCGGGCCCGUGUAAGCCGGUGAGACUUUAUUGAAACUCUUGUCAUACUACUUCUGAGUACUACUCCUAAGCGCUACAGGCUAUAUUCCCUACACCCGUCUUUCUCUACUUCACUUGACAUCGGUAUUGACUUGAAAAUUAUAAUAUUUGCAAAGUAUGCACGGUUACCAGCAAUGGUUGUUUUUCUUUGUAUCCUCUGUCGUGAUAUCGCUAUUGUCUUGGGUCACCUUUGAUUCGCUCACGUGGCUUUUGCACUGGCCAUGCCUUUUUUGUUUCCAAAAAGCUAAUAUGUGUGUUCUAGGAGUUUUUUGACUACGCCGGUCGUAUUGACAAACACGAAGUUUGCAAACGACAAGUGGCCGAUUGCUCGAGUCGACGCGAUCACUUCGUAGACAACAAUCCGGGAUGUCGGGGAUGCGAUCCGACAAACGUUGAUCUUUACAAACCGAAAACCCGAUUAGGACUCUACUUAGACUACUUGAAGCGAAGACGGUCCACAGCUGAGUAUCUUGACGCCGUUACGUCCAGGUCAGCUUUUUCGCCCAAUCCACUGGUCGGAUGCAACUCAUCGAACGAUAGCUAUACUAAUACUAUGGGAAGCGUGCCGGGGCUUGGAUAUUACACAGGCUCACGGAACAGGUCGAGGAGAUCUUGCGAUAAUCGUUCGGUGGUGUGCAGUGAUUCGACUGAAGGGUCAACGGAGAGCGGUGAGCUAAAUGAAAACGAGGAAGUGUUGUCCGACUAUUGUAGUUGUGGUCAUGAUAAGGAAAACGGUGAAUGCGAAUGCGGCUCCAAUGAACCAGAGUGCGAAGCUAAAGAUUGCACCAACAUAAGGAGCUGUGUGGAGAUCAUCUAAUGAUGUUAU